AUGCUUUGCUACCUCCGCUUUCUGAGGGCCGAGGAGCAGCAGGCUGCCGCGCGCUCCCUGGAGCGCCGCGUGCCCGAGAUGGUGGCGCAGCGCCGCGCUGCGGCCGCCGCAUACAGGCGUGCGCCCGCCGCCCAGCGCCCCUACGCCCGCCGCGCGGCCAAGCUCAAGGCCACCCACGCCUUCUUCCAGCCAAGGCGCAGGAACUGA